UGUCGUUUAUACGAAAACAAACAUGAUUUCUGCCUUUUAGAACUGAUAAUAUUUUGAAACACACGCACCCCAUUUCACUUUUUAUUAGUCAUGCGCUUUUAAUCAAAUCUUUCCAGCAGAUAAACUGAAAACUAUUCGUAUCUGUCUGUUUGAAUGUGAUCGGCUCGAGUUUCGAAUAAUGUUGUUAUAUCUUUUGCUUCAUCUAGCUUAUUUUUCUGUUGAAGUUAGGUGCGAUCGUAGAAAUCAAGAAGUGGUGAUUGAGCAGGUUAAAUUUUGGUCAGAUGAGAUCGGAAAAGAAUUGAAAAAAUUAAGCGAAAAAAUGACAAGAAAAACAAUUGUUAAGGAAAGCUUCAGCCGUCUGAAGAACCAACUUUAUAGAGAAGAUGGAGAUCUUCUUACUGAGAAGAUAGCUGCUGACUUGAGAACACUUAUGAAUCAGAAGGAGAACUCAACAAAGAGGAUAGCAGAAUUCGCUGAGUAUCUUUCAGUACACAGAAAAAAAGACCAGUUAUUUCCAAAUGGAACUUAUCAUUAUUUCAAUGCAGAUAACUUCACAGAACCUGGUAGCACCACUCCGUCGACUUCAAUGGAUAUGGACUUACAAAACUACAUGAAAAAGUUAGAAUGUAAAUGGUGGUGCCACCUCAAUAAUGUGAGCGAUGAAAAAACUACAAUAGAUGAAAUAUUCAGAGCAAAAAAGGAGUCUGUUCUACCAGAGUGUGACUGUGAUUUUAGUGCCGCCUUGGAGGAAAGUAUGCAUUGGACGUUUUACAAGAACAUGUCUAUGAAAUAUAAUUCGCAUUUUGAGACCGAAGUCAAUAUGAACUUUAGUAUAAUUAAAACGGCUCUGAAUGUAUAUGAUAGAGAACAGGAUAUUUUGGAAGGUGCAAGAUGGACAGAACCACUUGAUAUGAUUUUUAAGGAAAACAUAGAAGAAGAUCCUACCUUAACAUGGCAAUAUUUCACAAGUCCCUCUGGGUAUAUGAGGCACUAUCCAGCUGUGAAAUGGUCCACUGAAACCUAUGAUCAAACUUACGAUAUGAGAACCAGAUCCUGGUACACCGAAGCAAUGACAUCUCCAAAGGAUAUAGUGAUAUUAUUGGAUAAUUCGGGUUCAGCAUGGGAAGGCAUCAAAAUGAAUCUUGGUGCAAUGCUGGUGAACAACAUUCUUGAUACAUUGAACGACAAUGAUUUCGUCAAUAUUUUCGUAUUCAAUAAUACUACUCGAUCAUUAGUACCUUGUUUCGACGAUACUCUAGUUCAAGCUAAUGAAGAAAACCUGAGGCUAUUGAGGGAAUCGCUAUCAGUCUACACUAUUGAGUAUGCGGCAGAUAUAAAAAUCGGCUACACCAAAGCAUUCAAAAUAUUGGAACGUUACAGGGCAAAUCGAGGAGGCUCAAGAUGUAAUCAGGCAAUAAUGAUCAUAACAGAACAACUUGAUUAUGAUUACCAUCCAGAAGUACUUCGAAAGUUGAAUUAUAAUAAGGAAGUCAGAAUAUUUACCUACUUGUUAGGAACUAGCCAAAGGGACAGAAUUGUUAUGGAAGAUAUAGCAUGCGAAAAUAUGGGUUAUUAUGCCAACAUCACCCUACUCCAAGAGGUGCGGGAGAAGAUGUUGAAAUACAUCCCAGUUAUGUCGAGGCCAAUCAAUUAUAACAACGAUGAUAAGCAGAAUCCCAUUUGGAGCUAUCUCUAUGUUGAUCUAGCUGACAGGAGGAUAUGCAAUUGGCUGUGGAGAAAGAGGGAAGGUAUCAGGCAAAGGGAAAUAUUUUUAGACCAUGUAAAGCGAUUGUAUCGGAGAACCAAAAAGAUAUUAACCAGCGAAAAUUUUCAUCUUCUCAAGGAUUCCCAUGAAUAUGAAGAGUAUGAAACACCAAGGAAAAAUUUCUUUAUGACAACUGUUUCUCUUCCAGUAUACGAUCGUAGACCUGGUGCGGCUGACCUCAUCGGUGUGGCAGCAGUUGAUGUACCUAUUAAAUUGAUCAAAUCCCUAAUACCACAUCAUAAGCUUGGAGUUAAUGGCUAUGCUUUUGUGGUGACCAACAAUGGUUAUAUUCUGAUGCACCCAGAUCAUAGACCGACUUUUGGUGAAGAUAAAAUCUUGAAACCUACAUUCAAUAGGGUGGACUUAUUGGAAGUGGAAAUUUUGGACGAUCAAAAUGAGCCGAGAUUAUUUGCCAAGUCUGUUGUUCAGAUGAGGGAGAAAGUGGUUUAUGAAGGUCAUGGGAAAUCUUUUCUCAAGGUUAAAUUUGCUCUGGAUGAUCUAAAAAGGAUUAUAUUAACCGAAAGAAAUUACUAUUACACAGAUAUUAGACCAUUCGGUUUUGCAAUUGUACUUCCAGAUAAAUAUGGGAAUAUCAAAAUAGAUGAUUCGAAAGUGACUUUUAAGUAUGCUAGAAGCUUAUUGGAUUCAAAGAAUUGGAAAGUUCAUCCAUUAUGGAAAUAUUGUAGAAACUGUGGACAUGGAUCACCGGAAGCGAAAAUAUUGGAAUGCAUGCGAAGAGGAAAUAAAUGUCAUUAUGAGGAAUUAUUCAAAUCUUUACUUCAAGAUGCAAAUAUAACCGAAUGGUUUGACGAACCCAUUUUGAAUGAAAGAAUAUUUGUAGAUAAUUUCUAUGUAAGUAAAAUUUUCAUUGCUACUCGGUCAGGAUUGACGAGAUGGCGAACGUACACGAAAAAUGAAGAUGAGGAUGAAACCAACGAUUUUGAACUGCUCUAUCCCAACUCUAUCGAUGAGGAAUGGUACAGAAGAGCCGUCGAAGAAAAUUAUAAAAACGAGGAAAUGUUUAUUUAUUCAGUACCCUUCGAAAUAUCAGGAUAUGAAAAUAAUACCAUGAUAACUGGUACAACUGCCAUUUUUGUUGGAGAUGGCAUCAAAAAAACUCCGGUAGCAACAAUUGGUCUUCAGUUCAAUCACAGAACGAUGUACAACAUAUAUAAUAAUAUAACUACAAGAUGCAAGAAUAGAAGAUGCAAUUUAACUUGCGAAUCGGACUAUCUGUCAUGCUUUAUAUUAGACAACAAUGCUUAUGUGGUUCUUAGUGAUAACAGAGAACAUACAGGUCGAUACAUUGGUGACUUGCGUCCAGAUAUAAUGUAUCACUUAGUUAAAAAUGAAGUAUAUCGCCCAACAAGAAUGUUCGAUUACCAAGGUAUCUGCUACAAGGAUCCUUUAGAAGAGGACCACGAAACAACAGCCGAUAAAAAAAAGCGACUAAAAAGGCAGAAGAAAAAUUCAGCACCAAAAGUCCAGUCCAUUUUAGGAAAUUUAAUUGAAGCAACCAAAUGGGCGCUCUCAACCAUAGCUCUUCUAGCAGAAAAUGUGAUAGGCGCGAAUCCUCCACAGAAUUAUAAAAGUAUCAAGAAAGAGACAAUAGCCUAUGAGAAAUUGCUAAUAAAUAAAACAAUACCCACACCCUGUGAUAAAGAAAUGUGGUUGUUCACUUUGGGCAAUGAUUUUGUUUCUAGCCCAAUCAUUACUAAUAGGCAUUCGAAAUUUGAUUGUCUUUGGCCUUAUGUAGUGAAUAAAAUUGCAGGAAGUAAUCUUCUCUUUCUUGCGAUAAAUUUAAACUGCAAGGUUGAUACAGUACUAACCUACAAAAAAAGUCCUCAGCCUAUAGAAAUAAUUUAUGCCAAUAAUACAGCAAUUCGCCAAAAUACAGCGUUACCGUGUUAUAUUGCAAAUAAGAAUAAUUAUUCAAGACACAUUUACACCAAGUGUUACAGGAGAGAUAGAAAUGAAGAAUUUAUCAACAAAAACAGAUUAUACUGCGGUCAUUUUUGGGAAGGUCCUUGAAUAUUAUGUUAUACUUCAUGCUUAAGUAAUUGUAUAAUAUAAAGAUUAAUAUAAUAUAUUGUUACAUGUUACAUUUUAUGAGAAAAAGAGAAGAUUUAAUCUGAAUAAAUUUUUUGGAAUUGGA